CCGGCGCGGUAGUUUGUGCAGCAGCAGAGGAAGUGAAGCGGGAUCGUAAACAUGGCUGACAGUGGAGAGACAGGAGGACCUGUUAAGAAGGAUGGUAUUCAACAAGCAAAGACUGAAGGCAAAGAGCUGACCAAAGAGGAGAAGCAGCGGCUGAGGAAAGAGAAGAAACAGCAGAAGAAAAGCAAAGAGAAAAAAGAUGAGAAGGCCUCACAGGAAAGUGAGAAAGAAAAGAAGCCUGUUAGUUCAGCUUCUCCAGCUUCUCAGCCCCCAACACAACCCAUAACACCAAAAGCUCCUUCAGCAGUGCCUACUCUGGUUCCUGUGCCUGCCUCAGAAACUCCUGCCCCGGCGGACAAGCCAGCUAAGAGUAAAGCGGAGAUGAAAGCGGAGAGGAGAGCUCGGCAAGAGGCUGAGAGGGCCUCCAAACAGGGCAAGAAGGGAGAGGUGGGACAGCAGGCCGCUCCGGGCAAACCUAAAGCGCCGCCUAGUGAGCUGCAGCCAGUGGUGAAGAGGCUCCCAGAACAUGUCCAGGUGGACAACCCGGAGGUUUUAAAGAAACUGGCAAAGAAAUUGGAAAGACAGCAGAUCCCACUCCGGUCAGACUACGGCUAUAAAGUCAGCCUGUUUUCUCAUCUCCACCAGUACAGUCGCAAAGCCCCUCUAACACAGCAACUCAGCAUUCCUUCCACAGUGAUUCAUCCUGCUAUUGUUCGACUGGGUCUCCAGUAUUCACAGGGCAUUGUGGCAGGAUCCAAUGCUCGCUCUGUCGCCCUGCUGCAUGCCUUCAAACAGGUUAUAAGGGACUAUACUACCCCUCCAAAUGAGGAGCUAUCUAGAGACUUGGUCAACAAGCUGAAACCUUAUAUCAGUUUUUUGAAUCAAUGUCGCCCUCUGUCAGCCAGCAUGGGUAAUGCAAUCAAAUAUAUCAAGAAAGAGAUCUCCAAUAUUCCUAGUCAGUGCAAAGAAGAAGAGGCAAAGAGCAAACUGCUGAACUGUAUCGAUCGCUACAUCGAUGAGAAGAUCAACCUUGCUGCUAAAGCUAUUGCCAAGUCCUCCAUAGAAAAGAUCAGUGAUGGGGACGUCAUCCUAGUUUAUGGAUGCUCGUCACUGGUCAACCACAUCCUGUGCGAGGCCUUUGAGAAGAACAGGAAGUUCCGCGUGAUCGUAGUGGACAGCAGGCCUCGACUGGAGGGCCGGGAGGCCCUGAGGCGCCUCGUCCAGAGGGGCAUCAGCUGCACCUAUGUCCUUAUCUCAGCUGUCUCUUACAUCCUUCCAGAGGUAUCGAAGGUGUUCCUUGGUGCUCACGCUCUGCUGGCCAACGGUUAUGUCAUGUCUCGCGUGGGGACAUCACAGAUAGCUCUGGUGGCCAAAGCCUUUAACGUGCCUGUUCUGGUGUGUUGUGAGACCUACAAGUUUUGUGAGAGGGUGCAGACAGAUUCCUUCGUGUCCAAUGAACUAGAUGACCCCGAUGACCUUAUCGUGACCCGCAAAGGGAAGACCCAGCUAGAGCACUGGCAGGAAGUGCCCUCUCUUGGCCUGCUUAACCUGGUAUAUGACGUGACACCGCCUGAUUUUGUGGACCUUGUCAUCACGGAUCUGGGAAUGAUCCCGUGCACCUCGGUCCCCGUGGUGCUGCGAGUCAAAAACGUGGACCAGUGAACGACCUCCUGCUCUGUCUGAUCAGUCUGAGCCCAGGGGCCGUUUCUCUGUGUGCGGGGAGUUUGUGUGCUUGAAUGCUUGCACACAACACAAAAUAUCGUGCUUUUAGCAUGCAAUAAAUAUAUAUCUGAAAUGGCAUAAGCUUUUUAAA